AUGGUGAUGUUUGCGCUUGGCGGUGGCCGCCAGCAGCAGCAGCAGCAGCAGCAGCAGCAGCAGCAGCAGCAGCUGAUGCAGCAGCAGCAAGGAUACGAUGGGUAUCAUAACGGAGACCGCUAUCAGUAUAGGGGCCCCCAGGGGCCCCAUCAGCAGUACUCGCAGCAGCAGCAUCGCCAGCAGCAGCAACAGCAGCAGCAGCAGCACCGACAUAACGGAGACCGCUAUCAGUAUAGGGGCCCCCAGGGGCCCCAUCAGCAGUACUCGCAGCAGCAGCAGCAUCGCCAGCAGCAGCAGCAGCAGCAGCAGCAGCAUCGGCAGCAGCAGCAGCAGCAGCAGCAGCAGUUCAGGGGGCCCCUCCCCCCUCAGCUGUGGAGGCCUCCUUAUGGUGGGGGCCCCCCACCACCUAUGUGUCUCCAUCCUGCUGCUCUUGCUGCUGCUGCUGCUGCAGCACCGCAGCACAUAAUCCCCGUUGCUAUGCGGCUGCAGCAGCAGCUCAACCCGCGGGCGUUCGAUGGGGGCCGGCAGCAGCAGCAGAGCAGAUGGGGGGAUGCAGCAGCAGAAGCAGCAGCAGCAGCAGCAGCAGCAGCAGCAGCAGCACUUGCUGCAGCAGCAGCAGCACCACCAUCGGCAGCAGCAGCAGCAGCAGCAGCAGCAGCAGAGGGGUGA